CUAGAAUAGGGUUCUGUGUUUCUUACUGCAGAUUGCUGAGUUUUCGUGUGGUAAAUUUUCACGUGGGUUUUUUGUAAUUCCUUCAAUAAUGGCAAUUAAUUUCCUGCGAAAUAGAUUGAGAUUUGGACAAAUACUUCAAUCUCCUCUUGUCAUUAUCCGGAAUGCGACUGAUUCUGCGGCUUCUUUGGUCAAUCCAGAUGAACCGGUGACCAUGGAGAAUCCAUUUGAGAAACCACGACAGAAGUGCAUCCUUUGCAGGGCCAAUAUUGAGCCAAAUUACAAAAAUGUGAGGCUACUAUCACAGUUCCAGAGUCCCUAUACGGGAAAGACUUACGGAAGGCACAUCACCGGGCUAUGCAAGGCGAAACAGAUGAUGGUUGAAUUGGAAAUUAUUAAGUCGCAAAACAGUGGACUCAUGCCCACUUAUAAGAAAGCCACUGAGUUUCUGAAGGAUCCUCCUCUCUUCGAUCCCGAACGACCCAUUCGACCUCACAAGUACUAGCCAGACGUGUUCAGUUUCAGAAAUAAAGUAAUCCAAGGUAGAAUCGUUACAAA